AUGAUUCUAUACAUUCUAUCAUACUUGGAUCGAGGUAAGCAUACCCAACUCACUCAUUUAACACUCUAUCUCAUCAAUAACCGGGAAAUAUCGGCAACGCCAAGACUGCCGGACUCGACAAAGAUCUUAACUAUUAACCUCAGUGACUACCAAUGGUCUUGGGUCUUGUAUGCCUUCUAUAUCUGCUACAUCCUGUUCGAGUGGACUACGGUCCUAUGGAAGAUUCUCCCAGCACAUUCCUACGUUGCCUUUCUCUGCGUUUGCUGGGGCGCAGCUGCAAUGUGCAGUGAUGCAGUCAACACCUUCGCUCAGCUUCUCGCCACUCGGUCAUUGUUGGGGCUCCGCGUAUCCUUACUCCUUGGGAUGUCCCCAGUUGCCAAUUUCUUUGCUUCUGCUCUUGCCUAUGGUAUUACCCACAUCAGGGGAUCUAUAGAGCCAUGGCGCUACCUAUUUAUCAUUGAGGGUGUACCAACGGUUCUCUUCUCAGUGGUAGUAUUCUUCUUCCUGCCCGACUCACCAGGCUCAGCGUCCUUCCUUGACGAAAGAGAACAAACAGAAGCAGUAGAGCGCCUCCAAUCAUUCGACACAACAAAGAAAAGCAAAGUCAGCUGGCCCCAAGUCCUAAGCGGAUUAUCAGACUGCAAAAACUGCAUCCACAUGUCCAUCCACUUCUGUUGCAACUACUUCUUCGCGGGACUCUCAAACUUCCUCCCAACAAUCAUACAGCAUGUGGGCUACACAUCCAUCAACGCUCAAGGCCUAUCAGCACUGCCCUACUUCGUCUCCUUCCUCUGCUGCGUAGCAGCCGCCUUCCUCUCAGACAGAUGGGGAAACCGAGGAAUCCUAAUUACAUUGUUCGCUACGAUGGCGACAAUCGGAUAUCUACUCCUCACAUGCGUGCAAGAUGAAUCAAAGACUGCGGCGCGGUAUGCGGGUGUUUGGUUAGCGACUUGUGGGAUCUUUCCUGCGCUCGCGCUAAACAUCACUUGGUUGUUGAAUAACCAGGGUGGCAAAAGUAAGAAGGGCGCUGGAAUGGCUAUGCUUGCUAUUUUUGGACAGACUUCUAGUUUGAUUAGUAGCUCUGUCUUUCCCGAUUCUGAUGCGCCGCUUUAUACACUAGGGUGUGGGCUCGCCUGUGCGUUUACUGGGUUGAUUGCUAUCUUGGCUAUGGGGCUGAGUAUUAAAUUGACUCUGGAGAAUCGGAGACGCGAUCGGGUUUAUGGGGUUGUGGAUGUCAAUGAGAGGGUUGAUGUCACUGAUGCAGGUGAUAAUCAUCCUAACUUUAGAUAUUUGACUUGA